GCGUCAUCAGCAUGCGCCGUGCCCGCUGCCUGCCCUGCGGCGCUUCCUCUCGCGGCUAGGCCGGGGCUGCUGAGCGGGGGAAGAUGGCGCUGCUGGUGCGGGACCCGGGCGCUUCUCGAGCGCAGCUCGUGCCGCUGCCCUCCGGGGGCGGCUCGGUGCGGGACUGGCUCCGCAUUCGCUGCCGCGCACAGGGCAUUCCUGAGGACAGUUUCUAUGUGAAAUGUAAUGGGCGACUGGUUAAUACUGAAGACUUGCUACAGGAUGGAGUUGUUUAUAGUCUGGAGCCAAGACUUUGUGGUGGAAAAGGAGGUUUUGGAUCUAUGCUCCGAGCACUUGGCGCUCAAAUUGAAAAGACAACGAAUCGAGAGGCUUGCCGAGAUCUUAGUGGAAGGAGACUACGAGACGUUAACCACGAAAAAGCAAUGGCUGAGUGGGUGAAGCAGCAAGCAGAGCGAGAAGCAGAAAAAGAACAAAGACGCCUAGAAAGGCUGCAGCGUAAACUUGCAGAACCAAAACACUUUUUCACUAAUCCAGACUACCAGCAACAGUGUCACGAGAUGGCUGAGCGGCUAGAGGAUUCAGUUCUUAAAGGAAUGCAGGCCUCUUCCAGUAAGAUGGUGUCUCCAGAAACCAGUGAUUGUCGGAAGCGCCCAAAUGAGUCAGAAAAGAGUGGAGCUAAAUUUGGGAAAAGGAAAUGUUUUUGGAUGGGAGUGGAAGGACUGGCAGAUCCCGAGAGCUCAGAUGAUGGUGAUAGUGAAGAUGAUUCUCCUAGCACGGCAGAAGGUAGUUGGCAAUCAACUGGCAGCCACGUUGAAAAGACUGAACUCACAAGUGAGUGGCCCAGUAGCUCAGAGGAUUCCACUGGAUGCAGUUCAACCUCCAAUCCUACUGAGAAAUCACAAGAACAACGAGAAGAUCUUGGAAAAGAUCUACCAGAGAAGGUAGAAACUCCAGCAGCUGAUGAAAAAAAUGAAGCAGCUAAGACCCUGAAGGAUGGGGAGCAAGAGAAUGUUUUAGCUACUCAGCAGGAAACAAACCAGUUGCAGAGCACAGAGCCUACGCGAAUAGAUUUGCUGGCAUUCAACUCUGCUGCCGAGAUGGAAGAGCUAGGAUUAGAGAUGCUGAAGUUCGAACUGAUGGCUCUAGGUCUGAAAUGUGGAGGCACUUUACAGGAAAGAGCUGCGAGGCUUUUCUCAGUGAGAGGUCUGUCUAAAGACCAGAUAGAUCCGGCCCUGUUUGCAAAGUCCUCUAAAGGGAAAAAGAAAUAAAAUAUAUGCUGCUGUUAAUUUCUGUUUAUAUCUGCACACUUCAGAAAAACAGCUUCUGUUCUGCUGUCACUCUGUGGGUUACAGUACCAACUGAUGCUUUUAUUAAGACCAUUAAAAAAUGGAAAUCGGAGUAUCUACACGCAUCAAGUGCAAGUGGCAAGUUACAGAGCAAAUUGCAUAGUAGUAAGUGCUAAGUAUUAAAGGGAGCUGAAAAUGUAAACUGCUACAUUUAAAUCAUAUAAUUAACAGCACACAGUGUCCCAGGAGGGUAGGAGAAACUGAUGCUCAGAAGAGAGUGCUUUCCAGAAACGGAUGUUCAACGCUGUCAGUGCCCAAUUAAGUAAAAGUCAAACUAACUGAGUUAAUAUAGGAUUACUAAUCUGCUUUAAUCUCCAGUUAGCCCAGAUGGAACAUGAUUCAGUCUUGACAACUGAAGUCUGUCUUGAGGGAAAGGGAAACCUGUUGUAUGGGUGACUUCAGAUAUGGUUAAAUGCACUCUUUGUGAAUUGGCUUGAUAGUGCUGUCAAGCGUUGGUAUAACAGGCUAAUACAAGUGAAAACUUCGCUGUUUUGUGUGUGAUAUGACUUGUUGGUGUAAAUAUGUUUUCUUUAAAUGAAAAGCAGUUUAAUAAAGGAAUCUUUAUAUAUGAA